CCGCGAUGGGGCAGGAUUACUACGCGGUGCUGGAGCUGACCCGCAGCGCCAAGGAUGCGGACAUCAAGAAGGCAUAUCGGAAGCUGGCUCUGAAGUACCACCCGUACAAGAACAAGGAGCCCUGGGCUCCCCAAAAAUUCAAGCAGCUGGCCGAAGCCUACGAUGUCCUGAGCGACCCCAUGAAGAAAGGAGUAUACGAUAAGUUUGCAGAAGAAGGCCUGAAGGGAGGAAUUCCCUUGGAAUUUGGGAUCGACACCCCCUGGACAGAAGGCUAUGUCUUCCAUGGAAACCCCGAGAAAGUCUUCCAGGACUUCUUUGGAGGAGACAACCCCUUUUCCGAAUUCUACACUGCAGAAGGGGGUGAAGUAAACUUGGCUUUUGGGGGCCUCCGUGGCCGUGGGGUGAAGAAGCAGGACCCACCCAUAGAGCGGGACCUCUACCUGUCCCUUGAAGAUCUGUUCUUCGGAUGCACCAAGAAAAUCAAGAUCUCCCGUAGGGUGAUGAAUGAGGAUGGCCACGCGUCCACCAUUAAAGAUAAGAUCCUAACGAUUGAUGUUCAACCCGGCUGGAAGCAGGGAACUAAGAUCACUUUUAAAGAGGAAGGAGACCAGGGCCCCAACAUUAUCCCAGCAGAUAUUAUCUUUAUUGUAAAAGAGAAACUCCAUCCCAGGUUCAAAAGGGAGGAUGACAAUUUGAUAUACGUGGCCAACAUCCCUCUGGGAAAGGCUCUGAUUGGCUGCACUGUGGACGUGAGGACCCUGGAUGAAAGGCUGCUGAACAUCCCCAUCAAUGAUAUUGUCCAUCCCAAGUAUUUCAAGGUGGUCCCUGGUGAAGGAAUGCCCUUGCCCCAAGACCCCACCUGCAAGGGAGACCUGUUCAUGUACUUCGACAUCAUCUUCCCGGCCAGACUCACCCCAGCAAAAAAGGCGCUGGUGAGGGAGGCCCUCCUGACGUGAGGAAGAUCGCGGGAGGACCCAGCUGCCCUUCCCCAACCUCGCUUCUUGGAAGAAAUUA